UUGGUAAAGUAAGAUAUUAAACAUAAUUGAGGGGAGCGUAAUAUGAUUUCCGGUAACUCAAUUUGACUUUAGUGGGGUUUUAAUUUUUAUAAUAAUAAUGAAAAAAGACGGCGUCAAAGCUCAUUGGUUAAUCUGGACCGUACAAUCGCCGAUACUUUGAAUUUCUUUUUAUUUCAACCGGACUCUACCCUAAACUGUUGCUGUCGUCCCCAACGAAGGAAGUAGAGAGAGAGAGAGAGGGAGAGAGAUGUCGGGAGGAAUUGCGCGUGGCCGUCUCGCCGAGGAACGGAAAGCAUGGCGGAAGAAUCACCCCCAUGGUUUCGUUGCUAAGCCAGAGUCACUCCCUGAUGGUUCGGUCAAUUUGAUGAUAUGGCAGUGCACUAUCCCCGGUAAAGCCGCGACCGACUGGGAUGGGGGUUACUACCCACUUACAAUCCACUUCACUGAAGACUACCCUAGCAAACCACCAAAGUGUAAAUUUCCCCCGGGUUUCUUCCACCCCAAUGUCUACCCCUCUGGAACUGUCUGCCUGUCAAUCCUCAACGAAGAUAGCGGUUGGAGACCAGCAAUUACAGUGAAACAAAUUCUUGUUGGCAUCCAGGAUUUGUUGGACCAGCCCAACCCUGCCGAUCCUGCACAAACUGAAGGAUAUCACCUCUUUAUCCAGGACCCUGUGGAGUACAAGAGACGUGUCCGACAGCAGGCCAAGCAAUACCCACCUCUUGUCUAAAUCAUGAAUCUGGUCGUAGGUACUGGUACUCGAUAACUGCCAGGUUUCCUGUAAUGUAAACUGCAUGGUUGAAACUUGUAUUGUGUUCCUCUAUAUUUGAAUUAAGGUUACUUGAUAUGUGACAGUAGAACCAACCAGACUAGUAGAACUUCAUUUGUGUCAGGUGGUGGUUGUGUGAUUUGUCAAGAUGUGUGGUCACUCAACUGGAUCAGGAGCAAGCAAAGCUGCUAUAUUUUCAAGAAUUGAAUAAUUUUGGAAUGUUGGGCAAA